AUGCGCCUGCUAGACGCCAGAACGCUGGGGCUCGUCGACAUCACCGACGAUGCUGUCCCGCCCUACGCCAUCCUGUCGCACACCUGGGGCGAUGAGGAAAUCACCAUUCAGCAGCUGCGGCGCCUUGGCGGUUGUUCCCAGACCACGCUGGCAUCUCCCCAGACCCUGGACAAAAAGCGAAGGGCCAUCGUCUUGAAGAAGGGCUACAUCAAGAUCUCCGGCGCUGCCCAGCUUGCUGUUAGUCGGGGGCUCGACUACAUAUGGGUCGACACUUGCUGCAUCGACAAGACCAGCAGCGCCGAACUGUCCGAGGCCAUCAACUCCAUGUAUCUCUGGUACGAAAAGUCUGCCGAGUGCUAUGCCUAUCUCUCCGACGUCGAACCAGUCCUCGCUGCUGCAGAUGCUACCGUCUUCCACGAUAAUCUGCGCCGCAGUCGCUGGUUCACCAGAGGAUGGACGCUUCAAGAGCUCAUUGCCCCAAAAGUCGUCCUCUUCUACGCCAAGGAUUGGACUUUCCUUGGACAGAAACACACACCACCUGAAUUCACCAAAGCCAUCAGCGAAAUCACCAACAUCGAUCUAGAGGUCUUGAAUGGCAGAAUAGACCCCCUCCAGUUGAGCGUGUCUGCUCGCAUGGCCUGGGCGUCUCAUAGGAACACAACCAGGCUCGAGGAUACCGCAUACUGCUUGAUGGGUUUGUUUCAGGUCAACAUGCCUCUUUUAUACGGCGAAGGGCGCCGCGCAUUUGCACGUCUUCAAGAAGAAAUCAUACAGCGCACUGAUGAUCAGUCGAUAUUUGCCUGGAACUCCUUUGACGAUCAAGACGAAGAUCCGGAUGCUCUUUUUGGUUUGCUCGCACAAUCUCCCGCUCAGUUCAAGCUUGCUGGCUCCUUGCAGGUUCUGCCGCCUUUGCCCAUAUAUGCAAGCGCGCCCUCCAGUAUGACCAACCAGGGCAUCCGCGUGCAGCUAUAUAUCCAACAACGUGCUUCUGAGGACCAGGGUGCAAUGGAAGAGGACUAUUAUGCAAUUCUAGAUUGUGUUAAGCGGGAUGGCGACGUCUAUCAGUGUCCCGCUCUCUAUCUGCGGCGGCUUUCCGAGGAUCAGUAUGGAAGACUGAGGCCCAAGUCGCAACUCUUUAUGCCUCCCCCAUCCGCUACAUUUCUACCAAUGGAUGGUUAUCGCUCGGUAUACGUCAGGCAGCAGCCAAUAUACUAUCAUCUUCCUCAGUUUAGGCUGUCCCCAUUCAAUGUGGAAUCUAGUCUCGGCUCCUCCGAUGGCGUUCAGUAUCGCUUGUUUGACAAGUAUCCCACACAAAACUGGAACUCAGCCACCAUGACACUCAAGGCACAAUACUCUCGCAAGCUACAGGCCAUGGGCAUCUUUAGAUUCCAGAGCGUUGAGAAGAUGGACGACAAAGUGGAUGUUGUAGUCGGCCUACGUCGUUUAAACACGAUGGAAUGGGAGGGGUGGUGUUUCCAACUAUUGCAUCGCGACGUGUCCCUCGAGCACACUUUUCAUGAAGUCAACAAGAAGAUAGAGAGCAUCAUUACCGGAUCAAGUACCAUUGAGAUCACAUCGAAAACUCUUCGUGAUUCGCUUGGAGAAGACUCCUGCAUGACGAGCAGCGCGACGGUCGAGGGUAUCCAGCUUCAAGGGCGACUCUACAUUUCCAUCCAAGUGACCCAGACGGCCGAGAUUCAAACUGACAAGCAGCUACUUACAGUGUCUGCCCAGCACAUUGUAAUGUCUAAAAGCAACCAAAUACUGAACGCUACCUCCGCCAAUUCGGGUGCAAGGGCUCUGACAGAGAUAUACUGUCUAGCAUCGAGUUCAUCAUAUACACUUGACGAGUACACUCCCCUGGAUUGGGUGAUCCAACCUGUCCGAUCAAGAUAUUCAGCAUACGGCAAGGGAACCGUCCGCAGCGAUUUCAUGAAGCCCAUCCACGAAUUCGUCAACGUCCUCAGGCAUGAAAAAACGGCAAAGGACUUGAGCCUCACAGACCACCUAGCCUUGGCCUUGUUUUCUGGUGAUGCACAACAAGCUGGGAUAAUCCUGGCUUACAAAAAGGCAAACAUUGAGGUACCAACCGAUGACUACCACGGGCUCGCACCGCUUCACUGGGCCGUCGCGGGCGGCUCUCGCAACUGCAUCAUGCUGCUGCUUAAAGAGGGGGUCAAUACCAGGAGGUUGACAAAGCGAGGCCUGUCGGCGAUUCAUGUUGCUGUGCUCUGCAACAAUAAAGUCUUCGACGACCUUGCUAGGCUCAGGGGUAACCCAGAACGCGAACAGCUUGCGAAUGCAAGGACGAAUCACUUUUCCGAGACGCCAUUACACUUGGCCGCAGCCUCCACCCCCGACAACGAAGUUGGCCUCACCUUCUUCAAAGAUUUUAUGGACUGGAGCUUGGAAUUUAUAGGACUGACGCCUCGAAAUGCAUUUGAUGAAACUCCCCUCCAUCGUGCUGCCGCCGGAGAUAGCGUAGGUGCCAUCCGAGCUCUGGCCACUCGCAGCUACUACUGCUACGUGGACAACGGAGAUCAGUACGGUAGAACCCCUCUCUGGCACGCGGCUGCCGCUGGCGCUCUCAAGGCUAUUACAGCUCUGAUUCGGUUGGGUGCAUCUGUCGACCUGACGGAUGACUUGGGAAGGAGUCCGUUACACGCAGCCUCUAGAGGAGGACACCAUGAAGCCGUCUCCCUGCUUCUCGACAUGGGCGCAAGAACAGAUAUCGAAACCAACGUCUUGAAUCUGUUACCGAUGGAUCUCGCCGUCAUGUUUGGGUUCGCCGAGUGCUUAAAGCUCCUGCUUGACUCCAGAUGGCGAAUCGUCUCCCAGGAGAACAUGGACAGGACACUUCUAGUAGCGGCCUCGUUUGGGUCGUAUGAAUGCGUCAGGCUUCUUUGUCAACACGGCGCCAACCCGUUUGUUACUUUUGAGAAUUACCUGCGCUCAGAGGAUGGCCAUGCCGUUGUUGUCGAGGAAGAGGUUGAUGCUCAUACUGCUGCGUUGGCAGAGAGAGAACUGCACAUUGUCCACUUUUUUGAUACUUCCGACACAUGCAGAUAUCACCGGGAGCUCAGGCAUCCCCCCGCAGACAAUCUCAACAACAAACCUCCCGUCAUGGAAAAUCCACCGGCACCGCCGUCUUUCUCUACUCCUGUCGGUGCUCCGCCUCCACCCGGUGUUGUAGCACCUGCUCCAGGAGCGCUUCCGCCUGUAGCAGGAUCGGCUCCGGCUUUUGUGCCAGUCAGCGGACCGCAGCAUCAAUAUGCCCCCAAGCCUCCAACACAAUCAACACCAGCAGCGGUGCCAAGCAGUGGACAGCAGUAUCAAUAUGCCCCCAAGCCUCCAGUGCAAUCAGCACCAGCUCCGGUGCAAAGCAGUGGACAGCAGUAUCAUGCGCCCCAGCCUCAAGGACAGUCAGCACCGGCUUUUACACCAGGCAGCGGACAACAGAAUCAAUAUGCGCCCCGGCCUCCAACACAAUCAGCGCCAGCUGCUGUGCCAGUGAGCGGACAGCCAUAUCAGAACACACCUAUGUACGGCAAUGCACCGUCUUAUGGCCGUCUGGAGUAUGGCAAUACGCCCUCUUACAACAGCCCAGCUUAUGGAAACACUCCCUCUUACAGCACUCCAGCGUAUGGCAAUACACCUUCCUACAGCAGCCCUGCAUACGGAAGCGGAAGCACGACCUUUCCCAGCCGUCCAAGUGCCCCUUCAUCCUUCGCACCUCAGGCGCCUCAGGCACCUCAGCAGGGUCUCGGGAAAUACCAAUCUCCCAGUCGACUUCAAUCUACAAACCUGCCUGCCCGCGCGAGUGCCAACACUUAUGCCCCUGUGCAGCCCAUGGCGCCUUCGCAAUCCGAACGGCUUCAAGAGAUGGUGAAUCCAUACGAGCCUUACAAAGCCCAGGCUCCAAGUCAGAUUCGUCCAGCUACCUAUUCAUCACCUGCAGCAGGGGAUACUCCCAAUCAGGAUUCGAGCGCUGCUACUCGAAACAAAUCGGUCCCAGCAUACAGAUCCGUGCCAUACCAAUCUUCCGAAGUCCGUGUGCAGCCUGUGGUUGCGGUUUACCAGCAACAACCACCUCUGGGAUCGGUAGUAAAUGUCGUGGCCCCGCUUGCAUCGCCACCAGCGUCUCCGGAGGAGAAUCCUCAGAAGAGAGAUUCUAAGAGGGAGUCUACUGGAAUAGUGGAGAUGUUUAGGAGCAGGAGAACAUGA